CCCUAAUUUGCUGCCAUAAGCCCUUCUCCAUCUUCUUUCUGUAAYCUCCGAAUCAGACCUCCCACCACCAAGCAAACAUGCCGAAGAGAAGCAAAAAGAGUAAGAGUAAGAGAGUAACAUUGAAGCAGAAGCACAAAGUGAUAAAGAAGGUGAAGGAGCACCAUAAGAAGAAGGCUAAAGAGGCGAAGAAGCUUGGKUUGAACAAAAGGCCUAAGGUUGAGAAGGAUCCAGGUAUCCCUAACGAUUGGCCUUUCAAGGAACAAGAGCUCAAGGCUCUCGAAGCUCGUCGUACUAAGGCGGUUGAGGAAAUUGAGCAGAAAAAGGCUGCUCGUAAAGAGAGGGCUAAAAAGAGGAAGUUGGGUCUAUUGGAGGAUGAUGGUGACGAUAUCACCAAUCUUGCCGAACAGGUUUCUGCCAAGGAACAAGAAUUUGGAGAGAGAAAAGCCGCUGGUGAUUCCACGGCUACAAGUAAAACCCGUGAGAGGUCGUUUUACAAGGAGUUGGCAAAAGUUAUUGAAGCAUCUGAUGUCAUUUUGGAAGUGCUUGAUGUUCGGGAUCCCCUUGGUACCCGUUGUAUCGAUAUGGAAAAGAUGGUCUUGAAAGCUGGUCCUGAAAAACAUCUUGUGUUGCUCCUCAAUAAAAUAGAUCUCGUUCCUCGUGAAGCUGCUGAAAAGUGGCUCAAGUAUCUAAGAGAGGAGUUGCCAACAGUUGCUUUUAAGUGUAGCACUCAAGAGCAGAAAUCUAACCUCGGAUGGAAAUCUUCCAAGGCUGCAAAAAAGACCAACAAUCUUUUGCAAACAAGUGACUGCCUAGGAGCAGAAACUCUUUUAAAGCUACUGAAGAAUUACUCAAGAAGUCAUGAGAUUAAAAAGUCGAUCACCGUGGGUGUAGUUGGCCUGCCAAAUGUAGGCAAGAGCAGUCUAAUUAAUAGCUUGAAGAGAUGUCAUGUUGUCAAUGUCGGGGCUACCCCUGGUCUAACGAGAACCAUGCAAGAAGUUCACUUAGACAAGAAUGUUAAAUUGUUGGACUGCCCUGGUGUUGUGAUGCUUAAAUCCGGGGAGAAUGAUUCUGCUGUCGCUCUCCGAAAUUGCGUUAAAAUUGAGAAGCUAGAGGACCCCGUUUCUCCAGUGAAGGAAAUCCUCAAGUUAUGUCCAGCCGAAAUGUUGGUAACGUUAUAUAAGAUUCCGAUCUUCAAUUCUGUAGAUGACUUUCUUUCUAAGGUGGCUACCAUCAGAGGUAAGCUUAAAAAGGGAGGCCUUGUGGACAUCAAUGCUGCUGCAAAAAUUGUGCUACAUGAUUGGAAUGAAGGUAAAAUUCAAUACUAUACAAUGCCUCCAACUAGGSAAGGGGAGGCUAUGGAUGCAAAUAUUGUAUCAGAACUAGGAAAAGAGUUCAAUGUGGAUGAAGUAUACGGCACCGAAUCAUCGUAUAUCGGCAGCCUCAAAUCCGUACUUGAAUUUAAUCCCGUUGAGAUUCCGCCAAGUGACCCUCUUCAUUUCGACGAGUCAAUGCUUGAGAAUGAAAAACAACUAGAAACAACCACGGAAGUUGAAACCCCAUUAGAAAGGAGCACAAAGACCGAAGGCGAAGAUCAAGCCAUGGCAGAAGGCGCACCAGAAACCAAAGUAACGAACSUAAGUAGCCAACAAAACAAGAAGCUAUCGAACGCUGAAAAGAAAAGAAGGAAAAAAACCAACAAACCGGCUGCAAACACAAUCGUAGAAGAUGAAUCGGUGGAGGGCGAUUAUGACUUCAAGGUGGAUUACAAGGGCUCGACUGCCAUGGAUGAUGAUGAUGAUGAUGAUGAUGAUGGUGAUGAUGAUGAUGGAAACAGCAAAAUCGAGUUGCCGGAGACGACGACGAUGGAGGUUGAUGAGAGUGAAUCUGCAAAGUAAUUGUGUUGGAAUUUAUGGUUUAGUUUUGAAGGUGAARUUGAAGCAAUAUUUAUGAUAUGAUGAUGAUAUGGAACACUUCUACUCGAACAGAUAUCUUUUGGUCAACCAAAAGUGGUAUCUCUUUUUGU